ACGGAGAAGCGAAACCCUUUACUCGCCAGAGCAUUUCAUUUAGACUAUGGGAAGACAAGGCGCCUUGCAAUCGAGCUUGCCGGAAUUACUUGGGACGAUGAUAUUGUCUCCUUCCGAGAGUCUCUUAUUCAAGUUGAGAAACUAUGGCAAGAGCUGGGCAUUCAAGGCAAAUGCCCCUAUCACUUCACCGAGGAAGAGCUAAGAAGUCAUCUCAAGGACGCAGAAGGUUGGAACGAAGUUCAAGACUUCUUUGAUAGUAUCGAUGACUUAGUUAAAAGAGACGGCUGGACUCGACCUGAAACGUUCGAAGCUGCUUCUAAAUUUUUCGCCGACCUCCGGGAGCUAGGUCUCAAGCGUAUGAAAGGCAAAGAAAGGGACAUUUUCGAAAAACAGACUAGCUGGGCGAAAAGUCAAAAAUAA